UCAAAGAUGUGUCACGUCACAAAAAGAAAUAGUUUUUUGUUCCUUGUUUUUUUUUUUAUAGAUUGCUUGUGUAGUGGCUCCAGAAUAUCUAACUCUUUAUUAGCUUAAGUUUCUGUUCAUUCUUUACAAGCAUCAGCCAGAGUUUUAGGAAACAGAAACUACAACAAUGUUAGUCAGAGUCAGUGAUCUUUGAACCUGUUCGAGUGAAAAAUUCACAGGUUUCCUUAUCACAAAUAUUUACAAGUGUAAUAUUGUGCAAAUUACUGCAAACAUGGAUAAACUGAUGUAGAUCUGAACUCAUGCCUCUUAGUGACAUAGUGCAAGAAUGCCAGUGAGAAAUAGACAACUACAAUGUUUUUUAAAUAACCUGCAUAAUCUCUAAUCAUGUUCAAUUUCACCUUUCUUCUAGAAAUACCAGAGUUUUUCUACAUUUUGUACAGCUACUAAAAACAUGGACUACAGCACCCUGACCCUCCUGAUUUCUCUUUCACAACUUUUGAGUGUGGGAACAGCUGCUCCUCUGUCAGUGGAAGUAGGGAAGAUGAAAAUUAAAGUGAAAUGGAUGGCUGAGCAGCUGGUGGCUAAGCUGAACAACUUUCAGGUUCCUGCUGGCUGGACACUUAGUCAACCUGCUGAUGAUGUGGAUGGACUUUCCUCCAUAGUGGUGAUCUUGGACGGUUAUAACAGUUUGAUCUCGGACAGUCUUAAUGGGGUCUCCCAGGUGAAGUCUGAAAUAUCUUCACUAGGUGGUUACCUUCAACAGUGGAAGAAGGGGCACUGCAACGAGCAGCGGCCAAAGCCCCUUGUGUCUGGCCCACUGCAGGAGCUACAGAGUCGAAAGGAAUACAUUCACACCGUGGGCAUUGAAGCUGUGAUGAGAGUGAAGGAGUUCCUCACUCUGCUGCUGAAGAACCUGGAACAGCUGAAAACUUGCUGAUAAAAUGACCCUGGGAUCAAUGUUUGUAAGUUGUUGGCCUGAUUUUGGGGAAAGAUUUGUUAAAUCUACAUCUGUGAUGCUUGAUAUAACAUUCCUCUCUGGUCACGUCAUACUUUUCCUUGAAAUGUAUUCUUGAAGAUGCACUUAUUUAUAUACUUAUUUAUACUAGGAAAUAUGUAUUUUGAAACAAAGAUGAU